CCGCCCCCCGGGUAGGGACCUACAGCGGGCGCGGCGGCAGCGGUCUGCGGGCGGUAGCCGGCGGUGUAGGUUCCUGUCCCUCCGCGGGGAUCUGGGACCGUGCGGUGCCGCGGCGUCCGGGCCUAUUGGCGCAGCCCUGGCUUCUGUGCCUACAUGUCUAUACCAGGGCCUGACGUCCUGAGACCUAUGGUCCUCUGUAUCUGAGAAGGCCUGAAAAAGAAGGAAGAGCCACCGAGACUUGCUACACUCUUGACUUCUGGGACUGGAAGAACAGUGCCCAAGAAAUCAGGGAUCCUGGCUGCGACCUGAGUUCACAAGACAAGAGUUUGGACUGAAUGCUGGCUGCUAUCACUUCCCACAUCAUUGUGACGUAGAAAAGCCACAUACCACCUCCAGGCCUGUCGUUUUGAAAGAAGCAGUGUUGCCUGGAAACAGAAUUGAAAGCAUACUGUGCUUCAUGUAUUUCCUGUGAAAGGACACAAAACGUGAUUGAUCGUUACGCAUUUGCCAAGAAGUGUCUGCGGCUCCACCAGUCACUGGGUGUGCGGGAAGGAUGUCUGCAGAGGACUUUAUCAAAUGACAUCUUCGAUUUCAGCUGGCUAUGUGGGUAUGCAGAUAAAGAAGAUGAAGGACAUCGGAGAACAGCUGUAUACCACACAAGUGAAUGGUGGACCAAGUUCUUUGACCAUGUCCCCCAAACAGCCUAGUUGUACUAGAGCAACCCGGCCAGACAGACAGGAAGCACAAACCUUACUGUACCAAGGCUCAGAGGCUGAGACGACCACACUGACCAUUGCUACCUGUGUACAGUGCAAAAGCGUUCACAAGAUCCCGCCUCAAGACUUAAGGAAGGGCCCUGGGCAGAGCCAGAAGGAAGACGCUUUCGUCUGCUUCAAAUGCAGCCUUCGCACGAUACCUACCCAGCUUCAUUUUGUGAACAAUAACCCCGCUGCUGUUCUUGUCAGAAAUGAGACCGAAACCAUCUCGAGCCCUGUAACUAACAAAUUUAAGGUUAGGAACUUCAAGCCGGGGAAAUUCUACUGUGACAAAUGUCGCUUCUCCACAAAGGACCCGCUGCAGUACCGAAAGCACACACUGCAGCAUGAGGAGAUCAAGUUCAUCUGCUCCCACUGCAGCUACAUCUCCUACACGAAGGGCGAGUUCCAGAGGCACCUGGUGAAGCACACGGGCGUCUUCCCGUACCGCUGUGAGUACUGCGACUACGGCGCUAUCCGCAAUGACUACAUUGUCAAGCACAGGAGGAGGGUCCACGAGAGGGCCGGUGCCAAACGACCAUUCAAAACCGUUGCCAAGCUGGAGCCCAAGAGAACCAACAUUGCCAAGCAAAGCACAGAACUCUCGAAGGCCCCCAGCCCCAGGACUACCUUCCAGAACAAGUUGUCAGAGCAGCUAUCUCGGUUCUCUCUCCACACAAACAAAGACAAGACACACAGUGUGAUGCUCUUACCUGAGCUAAAGAAGUACCAGAAAGAUGUAGUGUGUAUUCCCAACAAAAUGGCCCUGUCAGAGCCAAGCGAGGUGAGCUUGUUGGGGAAUAAGAAUAACGUUGAGGUGGAAGUCCUGUCCCCCUCGAAGGAGCCUGUGCAGGCGGGUGUGCCGCUGACAGUCAUGGCUCCCUCGGAGCUGGUGGUCCCCACCAACUGUCUAGCCCAGUUGAUCGAUGUGAAGGUUGUCAAUGGCACACAGCAGCUGGUGCUUAAACUGUUUCCGUUAGAAGAAAACACCCGCCUUGACACAGGCAGAGGAGAUGGGGGGACCUCCAUCUGUACUAUUACGGAGAAGGGCUCCGGGGGACAGAGAAAGAUGCUCUCUAUGGAAGCAGCAAGGUCGCUAGCAAUGGAAGGGAACGCUGGAGAGUUUGUGGGCCUUGAUCGGCUGCACUCUUUAGUUCAGAAACAACUAAAAAAUGUGAAGUGGGUCAAGUCUUGCAAUUUCUUCAUGCCCAGUUCUAGUGUGCCCAGUCAUCAAGACUCUUUUCUCAGCUCCGAGACAAUUAAAGAUUUGCAGAAAACUCACAGUCUGUGUCCACCUAGAGCCCUUCCCUCUGCUGUCUUAAAAGGCCAUUCUCCAGCCUCUGUACAAAGCAGUCUUUCCUGCGGUCCUGGAGCCACAGUGAACCCUUUCUUGAGUAAAUCAGCAGUUCCUUUGGCUGAAGAAGGCAGGGCUUCCCGCAGUGACUCCCGGCUGCUCCUUCCCCUCACCUCGUUGCCUGCAAAGGUUCCCUUCUCUGGAGAGAAGGGCAUUCUGCCUAGAGGUGAAAGUGACUUGGAAGCCAGGAAUCGGACUAGUUGUCCUGAAACAAUGGUUCCCUCUGACAGGAAGCUGGAAGACAAACAGGUAGAAAACAAGGCAGUGGGAAAUACAGGCCAGGUUUCCUCUGCACAGACAAAAGAGUACUUACACAUAAACAUUACUGGGGAAGAUAAACUGAGGUCCCAACAGCCUGGGGAUCAGCCUGAGCAGCCGAAGAAUUCUGAAAAGACAGGUAACACAUUUGAGGGUCCCAUCAUCUCGUCAGUAUUUUCUUUGAGCUCUGGAUCUGAAAAUGUGCCAGAGGGCAUUAAGUGGAAUAAUUCAACAACCAAAAUAAAGUCCAUCGAACUGCUUCGCAGAAAGAUCGCACAGUUAAUUGAGUCGUGCGGCAAGCCCUCCUCUUUGUCUGCCAAUGGUGCUCAGCGACGGUCCAUAGGGCAGGCACCCAAGCUGGCUUCAAAAGCAGCUCCCAAGGGCAGUCAGGAAAUGAGUGUGUCUCUUACUGGCCCUGGCCCUAGUUCCGGCCCUUCCGUAGGUCCUCUCCAAAACCCUCAGAAUGAAGGCAGCGUGGCUGGCAGCGGGCAGCUUGCUCAGCAGCAGAUCUGCCCCAAGUUUGCCAGUGCUGACGAUGGAGAAAUGGAGAGCAGAGUGACCAGAAAGACUCCCGUAGCGACUCCAGUGCUGAUCCCCAGAGGGGCCGUGUUGAGGGUCCUGAACUCUUCUGAAGAUGCCCACAUCAUCGAGGCCACCUGCGACACCCCUGUCAGCAUACCCUGCAGCGAAGCCCAGUUAGAACCGUUUCCGUUCUGCCCUGCGAAACAGGCCAGCUCAGGCUCCCAGCCUUUGGCCUGCAGACGCGGGUCGGCAGACAUGUCCCCCAAUCUGGAGACAUCUCUUCGGCCCAAACCUAAAAAGGAGGACUCUAUCUGCGGUAGUACCCCUAAGAAAAUCAUCCCUGUGUACAGCACACAGACAGGGAACAGUGACUCCAGCAGGCAAGGGAGGCCCAUUUCUAGGAACCUAACCCUAAGCAAGACUAAAACCAAGCAAGUGAGCUCAGCCAAGAAAAAAAGCAAGCUGCAGGCGGAUCCCAGCCGCGGCCUCAAAGACCCUUCCUUUUUUCAGGUCGCCAGGCAGCUGCGACUCAUAGCUGCCAGGCCAGAUCAGUUGAUCAAAUGUCCCCGCCGGAACCAGCCGGUCAUCGUACUAAACCAUCCUGACGUGGACUCCCCCGAAGUGAGCAACGUGAUGAAGGUCAUAAACAAGUACCGAGGCAAUGUCCUCAAGGUUGUGCUCUCCGAGAGGACUCGGUGUCAGCUGGGCAUCCGGCGGCACCACGCACGCCUGACCUACCAGACCGCAGACGAGGCGAGCCACAUGAAGAGGCAGAUGAUGCUGAAAAUGAAGCUGAAGAAGGUUCACAAGAACAACUACCAGGUGGUGGGCUCCCUGCCUGACGACCCUGCCCAAUGCGUGUUUAAGUGCUGGUUCUGUGGGCGGCUCUACGAAGACCAGGAAGAGUGGAUGAGUCAUGGCCAGCGGCAUCUGAUAGAGGCCACCAGAGACUGGGAUGUUCUUUCUUCAAAGGGCAAAUGAGUCAGAAUUGGUCUUUGAAGCAAAUUGGUUUUCUUCUAGUAUUUGUGGCUUAGAGUCGCACCCUAGACUCUCGAUGCAGUAGAAGGGGUUUGCUUUUUUCCCAGAGUCACCAUAGAAAGGUGGAGAGCCCCUUACCUGAGCUCUGUGGCUGGGCUAGGAGAGGUGGGAGACCCCUGAAAUUCUACUGUUUUCUGUUGAAAGGAAAUAACGCUCUCCACAGGUUUUCGGUGGGAUCUGAGGCCUUUCUUACUUAGUGUUUUUUUUUUUUUUUUUUUCUGAAUAGACACUUCUUUCAUAAACCAUUUAGAGGGGCAGGUUUAUGAUUGACAGGCUUCUUGGAUAAAUGCUACUGAAGAGAUCAGCCUGUGUUUCGGUGCACACCUCCACUCUGAUUUUGCUUUGGCUCUUUCAGAAUAUUUGGUACAUGAUAGAAAUUUUCUACUUGAUGGGCCAUUUUAAAUUUGGUUAGAAAAUACACUGUGCUUGCCCCUCCCACUCCGAGGACUAACAGUGUUCUGCAAAGCCACGAGCUUUGCUGUCCCUGGUCGUGUGUCAGCAGCAGGUGUUAGCAGAAGAAAAGACAGAUUUUUCAGUAUUUAGGUUUUACCUGCUUAUUGGUAAUAGUUGGGUAGGGGAUGUGUAAUUGUUUUUUUGUUGUUGUUGUUAGGUAAAGAAGGAAAGAUACAUAAAGUUGAGUCUGCUCCACAGACAUAAAGGGCCACUUUAAAAUGUGAAGGAGCAGAUCCAUUAAAACACAACCUCGGCAGUGCCAUUCCAAGUAUACUUGAAAGCAGGCUGUGACGGGCCUGCUGUGGCUGGCUUCUCACCCAGGAGUCCGUGCAGAGCCCCACGGAAGGCCACCACUCUUAAGUAUAAAAUCCUAGGGCUGUUCCCCAGGCCAGAGCAGUUCUCCCCGUGGCCCUUUCUGAGCAGGUUCUCCUGGGGACGAGCGUAGCCUCUGUCUGAGACCCAGAACAUUUUUCCUCAUGAACAUGAACACUAGCGACUUCGGGAAUCAACCACAUGGGAAGAGAAGCACUACCCGUUCUCAGUGCGAGGAACGGAGCACUCCUAGUCUAGCCACAGAUGCUCUCUUCUUGCUCACCUCGACUCCACUAAGAGGUGUCAAGACCAGCCAGUCCACGAGGCACUCGUGCACACUGGGAGAAAGCCUAUUUCCUGCAUGGGUAGGGCUUCCUGGGCCAGGGCAGCUCAGGCGAGGGGGGGCAUCACAGGCUUGAGGCUGUCCAUCCUUAAGGACUUAGUGGUGCUGAGUGGGACUGGGGUGAGAGCUGGGUAGAUAGGAAAUGGUUCGGUGACUUCUAGUCUACUGGGUAAGCAGACUUCCUGCCUUUGCCUUAGCACACGGCAAACUCAUCCUCUCACAGUUGGGAUUGUACUCCUUCAGGUUUGUUUUCAUUAUAAAUACAUGGAUUUUCUUAGGUAUGAUUUAAUACCUGAUCAUUUUAAUUGAUAAUUUUAAUUUAAAAGUUGCAUUUUUAUAUAUGUGUAUAUAUGUGUACACAUAUAAAUAUUUUUUACCAUAUGCAAAUUGCAACAGCUAAUUUUCUGAUUUCCUAUUUUAUAAUGAUACAUGAGCUGGGAAAAUAUAAAGCUUUUAUAUUCUAGAAAUAAUUUAUUUUGAAAGAACAUUUUUACAAUGGUUUCAUCUCAUUUUUAGAAAAUGAAAGCACAGUAAGUGGUGGGAGCUGAUUCCUAUGAGCAGACGGGAGUAGACAACCGCUGUGGUCAUUGUAUUGUGGCAUCCAGUCAUGCUUGGUGCUCGGUGGCUCUGUAAUGCAGGCAUUCUGAGGUCUGAUCUGCGGUGCAGCCCGGCACCCUGUGGCUCCAGUGUCUCAUGUGAUGGGGCAGAGGGGCUGUGGGAUCCACUCCUUUUCCACCUCACUGCUGCACAGUUUUAUCCCCCGAAUGGCGGGGCCAAGAGCUGCCCACAGAUCAGCGCCAACAGAAUGGUCGCACUCUGCAGCAGCUGCUGCUUUCAAGUAUUACCUAAAGCAACUAUUACCUAUGUGGAGCUGGAGUUAGUGAGCAGAAGAUGUAGCGCGUCUUUGGGAAAUUUUUGGAACUGUGAUCCUUGUUGAACAGAGGGCUCCUGGAAGCCCGUAGCAUGGGAGAAGCAAAAGCGACUAACUUUCCAGACACAGAUCUUUAGAACUAGCGUAUUGGUGUAGGCGAGUGUGUGGAGGGAGGAGGACAGGAAUGUGGUACUUCCAUAGUCUUACCUUGACUUUGAAGGAUCUAGUCACUACAUUUUGUUGAUAGUACUUAUAAAAUUAUUUUAAACUUAUUUUUUAAGCUAGUCUUUCUUACUUUGGGGGACCAAAAAAAAUGAAAGGAUCCUCUUAUAUUUAUGAAAUAGACAAGUAGAAUGAAAAAAAGUUUAAGCCUCUGACUCUUAAGUGUCCUCUCAAUAAAUUAUAUUUUAUUCCAAAUUUUAUCUCCAGCCCAAAACAUUUUGUGAGCCCCCAUCAUGGGCUGUACACUGUUGAACUAAACUAAAUAUGGUGUAUUGACCCUCCAAAGUUCCAUCCCCCUUUAUUUAGAAUUAUAAGCCACCCCGGAAGAUGAAGGUAUAGUGUCGUUUAGCCUUCAGAAUGACUUUUGAGUCUGUGAAUGUCUUUAUGAGCAGAAAACAAAACUUUGUCUGAACAUGUCGAGCAUUACAGUUCCUGUGUGAACAGUCUGUGUGUCUGCUGCUCUGGUUCUGAAACAUGUUUGUAUAUAGAUAGAAAAGUUGGCAUCAGUUUUGUUUAAAUAAAGCAACUUUUAAAAUC